UCCCUUUUUCAGCCAAUGGCAGAAACUCUUGUACGUACGUCUCUCUGUGUCCAUGUGAGUGGUGCGGGUUAGCUAUUAGCAGUAAACACAUCAUGCUUCGUCGAGAGGUGAGACUGAGGCGGGAGUACCUGUACAGAAAGGCACAGGAGGACAGGCUCCGAACAAUAGAGGAGAAGAAACAAAAGCUUAAGGGCGCCCUCGAUGAGAAUCGUCUCCUUCCCACUGAGAUACGCAAAGAAGCUCUUGAGCUACAGAAAAUACUGGAGUAUGACGACGAAGGGGCAGAAGGUGUCAGCUCUCAUGUGGACGAUGAGUAUAAAUGGGCUGGAGUGGAAGAUCCUAAAGUGAUGGUCACUACAUCCAGAGACCCUAGCUCCAGACUCAAAAUGUUUGCCAAGGAGGUGAAGUUGAUGUUCCCUGGAGCCCAACGCAUGAACAGAGGAAAUCAUGAGAUCCCUGCGUUGGUACGAGCCUGCAAAGCUAACAAUGUCACUGACCUCGUCAUUGUGCAUGAAACAAGAGGACAGCCAGAUGGCCUGGUAGUGUGCCACUUACCAUUUGGCCCAACAGCUUAUUUCACUCUUUACAACGUGGUAAUGAGGCACGAUGUUCCCGACAUAGGCACCAUGUCCGAGGCCUACCCCCACCUCAUUUUUCACAACUUCACCUCACGGCUCGGCAAACGGGUAUCCAAUAUCCUCAAGUAUCUUUUUCCAGUGCCAAAGGAGGACAGCAGGCGUGUGAUCACAUUUGCCAACCAAGAGGACUUCAUCUCUUUCAGACAUCACACCUAUAAGAAAACAGACCACAAGAACGUAGAGCUGACAGAAGUAGGACCCAGGUUUGAAAUGAAAUUGUACAUGAUCAAACUCGGCACCCUGGACAAUGAGAGCACCGCAGACGUGGAGUGGCGUCACCACGCAUAUACACACACAGCCAAGAAAAGGAGAUUCCUCAGUGUGGAAUAGCAAAAGACAGAGGAACUGAGUGGUUGUCUGGAAUUUAUAAAAUGAUGUGGUAUUUUGUUAAAGGACAUAAUGAGAAGCUCAAGUGUAGUCAACAACUGUGGAUAUGAAUGAGGAAUAGGACGGCAUCAUAAUGACACAGUUACGCUCAAGUAAAUUGAACCUUAUUUUUUGACAACCCUAUUGGUAGGGUUAUAUAUACAGUCUAAAGAUCUAAUGCAUACUAUUGGGUUUAUUAUAGUUAUGCUGUUUUUUAAUAAUAAAAAAAG